GGGGGAAAUGCCUGAGGAGCUGAUUUAAGAAUAACGCAAUAGUUUGAAACAAGACUUCCUCAAGUUGUUUAUAAGUUGACGUGAAAGUGAAACCAUUUACCUCUCAUGACUUAGAACUUAAUUGUAAUAAUUAACUAAUUUAUAUUUCUGAAAAGAUUGUUAUUGUUAUAUAGAGUUUUCAUGUGCGAAAGAGGCUCUGAGGAAAAACAAUGACAUGAUGCAUCAGCAUUUGAGUAGCACUCAAUCUUGGCACAAUCAACUGACGACUACCAUGUCAAAACAGCAACUAGAAUUAAAAGAAGCUCAACAAAAAAUCAAGGAAUUAGAACAGGAGCUUCAGAAUAAAAUAAAAGAAGCAGAAGAGAAGAAAAACAGGAUAAUAAGAGAUAGCAUAUCCCCUCUUAGUGAUGAAGAAGUGGAUUUUGAAAUAAUUAAUCGUAAGGAAAUAAAGAAAAUGGUUGAUGAAUCCAAAUUGAAGCAGGCUGAAGAUAAAAUAUCAAAUCUGAUCAGAGUAAUUGAAGAUCAGAAUAAGGAAAUAGAAUCUUUGAAGAAGUCAAAUGAAAGUGAAGCCACAUGCAAAGAAUCCUUGCAAAGUCAGGAGGCAUCUAGAUCAAAUGCAUUGAUUCAACAACUGGAAAAGAGGGUGAAGGAAUUGGAGGAAUCCUUAACUGUGGAAUCAGCAAAUCUUGAAGAAGAAAAGUCUUGCCACUUAGAAACUAAGAAAAUGUUUGCCACGGUACAAACCAAUUACGAUAGAGUUACAAAGUUGUUGCAGAUUCAGUCUAGAGAUGAAAAAGACAAGACUGCAAAUGAUAUAGAGCGAGAAAUGGAUACAAAGAUGUAUUUAGAGCAAAUUGAUCAACUCACUGCAAAACUAUUAGAUAGUGAGCAGAAAAUACAAGAAUAUGAAGAAAGGAAUAAAGCUCUCACUUCUGAGUUGAACACUUUAAAAGAGGAUUCAGAAACUAUCCCAAUACUCAAAGCCCAGGCUGAAGUUUAUAAAAUGGAUUUAGAAUCGGCUUCUUUAGCCCGUGAUGCUGCUAAAGAAGAAGUGAACAGAUUAGCUCAGCAGUUACAUGAGGUGGGGUCUGCUUCUUGUUGUGAUAGCAGUCAUGGAAGUAUAAUGGGAGCCUCGAAAGGAAACGGAAAGAAAAAACCGAACAUUUAUAAAAAGCCUGAUGGUGUACAAGAGAGAAAACUAUAUGAAUGCCCACUUUGUUGCUUUGGAUUUACAGAUAUUCAAGCAUGUGCUAACCAUGUUAAUGACUGUCUUGAUAAACAUGAAGCUGCUUUUGACUAAAGUUAUCUGGAGUUAAAACUAAAAGAUGAACUCUUUUGUUGUCCUCUUUGUUUGAAAGGAUUUACAAGUCUUCGAGCAGUUGAAAGCCAUGCCAAUGAUUGUAUUGAUCAAUCAGAAAAAUCACAU